AUGGCUUCUAAGCCGUCCAUACCGUGGUCGACGGGGAACAAACCAUUGACAACAGACUCAGCAAAAGCUGGGAAACCACCCCCUCCACCAUCUCCAUCGGCAAGCGUCAUCGUUGUCUCUCAAUCUAACAAAGUACUGUUACUUCAUCGCAAGAAGACCUCAUCUGCAUUCCCUAGUGCGCAUGUUUUUCCAGGCGGAAACCUCGACCCUGCUGAUGGACCUCUACCCACUGCUCACACUGACCCAGCACGACACUUGGACAGUAUCGCUUACCGAACUGGAGCUAUUCGAGAACUAUUCGAAGAAUCAGGAGUGCUUCUCGCACGCGAAUCAUCUGCUCCAAACCAGCCAUUACUCUCCCUAGAUCCCGAGACACGACUUGCUGGUCGUAAUGAUGUACAUGGAGGCAAGCUCUCCCUGCAAGAGUGGCUGAAGCAGCAAUCACCAACUGCCGUCCUUGACACCGAUUCCUUGGUACCAUUCACACACUGGAUUACGCCUACUAAUGUCCCGAAAAGGUUUUCAACACAAAUGUAUGUCUAUUUCGUGCCUGUCACGGAGCGCCGUCGACAUCUUCUGGCGACAGCUGACCAGGUUGAGACUAUGGCUCCAGAGUGGAAGCGACCCGCCGAAUGGAUUGCCGAAGCAGAUGCUGGAAAGAUCAUACUCUUCCCUCCACAGUAUAUUCUGCUAUACCUCAUCUCCAGAUUCCUGGACAAGCCAGAAGAUCCAGCUGAAAGUCGAGACAUUCCUGAGGAGGAGCGCAUGAGCAGGAGAGAAGCCCUCAAUACUUUCAUUACUACCGAUAAGAGUCCUGUGCCUUGGACAGAUAAGUUUAUCUCUCCCGUACCUGGACCCACGAAAUGGAUAGAUGGCAGACAAAUUCUAGCACUCGACAAACAAGGACCAGAAUUGGCGGAAAGUGGUUUGAAGGGAGAUACAAGCCACUUCGUGCUCGUGAAGUUCAGCAAAGAGGGUCCUAGAGAAGUGCAAGUCAUUGAUCGGAAAGAGGCAGAAGCAACUCUUGCAAAGACAGCCAGCACUAGCUCGAAAUUGUGA